UCGUUGAGCCAAGGUAAACCUUUAGGUUUGGGCCUUUUCCAUUUAAGGGGGGCAAUAGAGUCUAAAAUAGAAGAACAGGUGGUGUAGAAUAGGGAAGUGAGUUCUUCAGUGCUGAGAUGGGGAGGGGAAGCCUCAAUAGUGCAUGUGUGUGGGGCAGCUAUGAGGGACUGGGAAAACUUACCGACAGUCGAAGAGUUAAGGUAGCGAGAGCAGCCUACAGGGAGAUGACAAUUAGCAGAUCAGACCACAGAUUCUGAGAGUGUGUGUGUGUAUGUGAGUGUCCCUUAGCCUCGGCUUGAAGUUUUGUCACACACUUAAUAAAAUCCUUCCCAAAAAGGAGUGAGGAGUGCAGAGAGAGGGAGUGACCACAGUCUUAGAGAUAAACGUACCAGUUUCCUCACUCCUGUAUCUAGGGUAGACACAGACACACUUGACUCAUCCCACAUCACCUCAGUAGCAUCUCCUACUGCACCUCUAUCCCUCUGCACACAGACAUGCAGGCUGUUCUUCUGCUCUUACUGCUGGCUGGAGCCUCCAAAGGUCUGGACUCCACCUGUAAUGCUACUCAGGAUGCUGCUUGUUAUGGGGCUCUGGGAGGACCUGUGUAUCUGCAGCUGAUGAGGAACACCAGUGGGCAUGCACUGUUAUUUAAUAAUGAACCGAACUUAAUUUUUGGUCUCAUAGGAUCCAAGACAGUGUUCUUUGAUGAGUUUAACACCCCAACAUUCCUUCAGAGGUGGCAGUUUGUUCCUGAUAACGGGACCCUAAUUAUAAACCCUGCAGAGAGGAGAGACGGAGGAACAUACAGAGUGGAGAUCUAUAAGUCAACUGUGGGAUAUCACACAGUACAGCUGAUCGUUAAAGCUCCUGUGUCUGUUUUGAAUCUGUCAAUCAGCUGCUCAGCCUAUGGGGAGAAGAGGGUGAGUUGCUCUUCCAAUGGGGACAGUCCUCAAUACAGCUGGUCUGUGGAUGGAAGGCCUCUGAAGCCACCUGAAGCAUCUCCCAAGGGUUCAACUGAAAGGCUGGAGUCUAGUCCUGAUCUUGACACUGAUCUCAGUUCAUCUACCCUCACACUCCCAGAGGGCAUUCAAGGACAUCUCACCUGCUCAGCUAGAAACAACAUCAGCAGAGCCAACGAAACACAACUACUUCCCUCCUGCACAACCAACGCAGCACCAACUGCCUCCACACUUCCACACCAUCUCACCUCUACUGUAUCUGUGACAACCAGCAGCGUAGUAUCCAUGGCAACUAACACCACGCUUGGGCCAGCGUUUGACACAGUCAUCAGUCUGGACUCCACCUGUGAUGCUACUCAGGAUGCUGCAUGUUAUGGGGCUCUGGGAGGACCUGUGUAUCUGCAGCUGAUGAGGAACACCAGUGGGCAUACACUGAGCUUUCAUAAUGAACGUAAAGCCAUUUUUACACUCAGACCAUCCAAGACAGUGUUCUACAAGGACUACAACACCCCAUCAUUCCUUCAGAGGUGGCAGUUUGUUCCUGAUAACGGGACCCUGAUUAUAAACCCUGCAGAGAGGAAAGAUGCAGGAACAUACAGAGUGAGGAUCUUUAACAAGUCAACAGGGAAGAGUGUGGGAGAGCACACAGUACAGCUGAUCAUUGAAGCUCCUGUGUCUGUUGUGAAUCUGUCAAUCAGCUGCUCAGCCUAUGGGGAGAGGAGGGUGAGUUGCUCCUCCAAUGGGGACAGUCCUCAAUACAGCUGGUCUGUGGAUGGAAGGCCUCUGAGGCCACCGGAAGCAUCUCCCAGCGGUUCAACUGAAAGGCCGGAGUCUAGUCCUGAUCUUGACACUGAUCUCAGUUCAUCUACCCUCACACUCCGAGAGGGUAUUCAGGGACAUCUCACCUGCUCAGCCAGAAACAACAUCAGCAACACCAGUGAAACACAACUGCUACCCUCCUGCAUAACCACCCCAGCACCAACAACAACCAGCAAUGUAGUAUCCAUGGCAACUAACACGCUUGGGCCGGCGUCUGACUCAGUCAUCACCCCUGUGUCUGAUGUGGACCUGUCAAUCAGCUGCUCAGCCAAUGGGGAGUGGAGGCUGAGGUGCUCCUCCAAUGGGCACAGUCCUCAGUACAGCUGGUACCUGGAUGGGAGGCCUCUGAGUGAAGCUGAUGCUGAUCUCAGUGCAGAUAACCAGACUCUCCUGUUCAGUGGGGAUGUGACUGGAAGACUCUCCUGCAGCGUCAGGAACAACAUCAGCAGCACACACACCUCAGCUCUCCUGCUGGACGCCUGCUCUGAUAUUUCUCCAGUGUUCAUCAGUGUGUGGCUGGCAGAGAUCAUCACACUCACAUCACUGCUGGUGGGAGGGUAUUACCUCUACAUAAGAAACAAGAGAACACAAACUCCAGAUGAGUGUAAAGACCAGGAAGUGGAGCUCACUCCGACCUCUAUGAGCUGCAGGAGGAGGAGGACACCAGAGGAGGUGCAGAUGCAGUGAUUGGCUCAGACGGUGUCCAGAACCAGAAUACUCUGGUUGCAUUGCAUUUUUUAACUUGACCUUUUACCACUUUAUGUAUGUAUUACACACACACACACUCUCUCUCACACACACACACACACAACUACUGAAACAGCUGUAAUUUGUAUUAAUCUGUGUGUUGCUGAGGGAAGCUGCGGUGUCUGGAAGUCUCUUAGAGCCUCAUACACACACUGUCUUUCUCUCUUUCUCUCUUUCUCUCUUUCUGUCUAUGUCAC